AUGUCAGUAGAGAACGUACACUUGGUGUUUAACAACAUGGGUUGUCUUGAUAAAGAUGUCAGUAGAGAUCGUACACUUGUACCUGCUAGAAUUGCCUCUUUUCCUGAGCAUGUGACAGUUAGCCGCGGAACAACAGUUCAAUUUCCGUGUUUAGCUGUGGGAAUUCCAGCCCCACACAGACAGUGGGCGUUCAGGGGCCAACCAAUUGUGGAAAGAGGAAGCGGAAUUCACGUGCUAACCAACGGCUCCCUCGAGCUUCUUAGUGCUGAGGAAGGCGAUUCUGGAAACUACACGUGUCGGGCGCGUAAUGAAUAUGGAGCUGACGAAGUCGUAUUUGUGUUAAAUGUUCAAGUGCAAUACAUUCCUGGCAGAGAUUUUCCUGCUCCAAGAGAUUUGUCUGUAACCAUGGUCACGUCCUCUAGCGUUCAGAUUUCGUGGAAUAUGGAUCCUCGUUUCAAGUUAGGCCUCACAGGUUAUAGGGUGCGGUUCAAGAGAGACUUUGGACAGUGGCAAAACAAAACGGCCCCGGCUUCAAAAACCAUGUACACAGUCGAAAAUCUGAGUUGUGGAACAAAGUACCAAAUUCAGGUCGCUGCUGUUGGGGUGGAAAGCGAGGGGGAUCCCAGCGAUAUUUUGUCUGUUCGAACAAGAGGAGGAGCGCCAGUCGCUCCCUCGCUUAAUACUUUUGUUUCAUCGAACUCCACGUGCAUCAGCCUACAAAUGAACGCUUGGGAAAGUGGUGGAUGUCCAGUUAACUCAUUUAUUGUCAGGUACAAACGUCUUUUCAGUAACGACUGGAAGGCUACUACUACAACGGAUUUGAAAGGUCAUCGCAACCACGUGGUAAUACAGGACCUAUCACAAGGCACGUGGUAUAAGUUACGGGUAACAGCACAUAAUAGUGCUGGCUCCACGGUGAAAGAAUAUGACAUAUCUACUUUGACCAUUGAUGGAGCUACGAUAGGUCCGUUAGCUGUUGGAGGAUACCACCGACCUGGAAGACAGUGGGAAGAACUGAACAUAAUUAUUCCAAUUGUUGCAGCUACUGUUGCUCUAACUGUCGUUUUGGGUGUGGCAAUCUGUGUUUGUUUCAAAAGACGACAACCAGAUGAACUGUACGACCAGAACAGACAGAGUCCUCAAGGUAUAGUUAUGAAGCACCGCACAGGUCAAAAGAAAUUGACGGAGGAGGUUCAGUACCAGGAAGUUCCUACUUACCACCAGAGGGCGUCAAAAGUUCAGAGACCAUUGCGUAACGACGCAUCUCUGGAGCGCAAUCAAGCUCUACCUCCGCCAGAAGACCAUUGUGCCGGCUACGAAGAUGAUCUUACACCGUAUGCCACCUGUCGGCUUCCAGGUUGCGACUCAGACACAGAAAGUUCCCAGGGUACCGUUCGAGAACUCCAAACAUUCAGCAACCAAUACCAGCGAUCCUUUCCCGAUCCUUCGGCUCAGGAAACCACACAGCAUUGGGAAGAACUUGUUGUGAACCUGCAACAAAAGCGUGCAAAGUUACCGACAUAUGAAAGGAAACUUUCAAAAACCAUCGUCAGGCCAUAUCGUGAAGUGUUCUACAACGAUGAAUCAAGAGUUAUUAGAAAUAAAGAAUGUAUCGAGCCGAUUGUGACCACGACACGAAGUUUAUCUACCGAUUGUGACCACGACACGAAGUUUAUCUACCGAUUGUGACCACGACACGAAGUUUAUCUACCGAUUGUGACCACGACACGAAGUUUAUCUACCGAUUGUGACCACGACACGAAGUUUAUCUACCGAUUGUGACCACGACACGAAGUUUAUCUACCGAUUGUAACCACGACACGAGAUUU